AGCGUUUCGAAGCCUCUCUCUCAGUCAGAAGGUGUCUUCAAGUAACGAAUCUUGCGACGAACUAACUACUGAUAACCGGCGAUGAUGUCUCCCGGAGCCGAAGUUACGGCCACACAAUGCUACGAUCCAAUUGCUGCAUUUCAAUUCGCCCUUGCACGGCGAAACAACCUUCGUUCCAUAGGCUACAGCACUCUAUCUCCUCCAGUCUCUCCUCUGGUCGCAUCACCCUUCACGGUGGUGAUGGUUCCGUCUCCUCCUCCCGACUCCGUGAUCUCGUUUUCGUCGUAAACCCUCAAGGAGCUAACGGUAGAACAGCUAAGGAGUGGAAGAAGUUGCUUCCUUACCUUCGAACUCGUCUUGGUAAAGACUGUAAUAUAAAAGAAUCUUUAACAUCGGGUCCUUCUCAUGCCAUUGACAUUACAAGAGAGGCUAUUAGGGAUGGUGCAGAUGCUGUGAUUGCGGUAGGAGGUGAUGGAACACUGCAUGAGGUCGUUAAUGGUUUCUUUUUGGAGGGAAAACCUGUCGGUAAUCUCAACGGCGAAGCUACUCAUUCGGCUGCACUUGGUCUGAUUCCAUUAGGUACUGGCUCGGAUUUUGCUAGGACAUUUGGUUGGAAAAAUGAUCCUUGUGAAGCGGUGGAGCGCAUUGCUAAAGGUAUGUCACUGAAAACAUUCGAGAAGUUAGGACAAAUCAUGUGUAAUUAUGCCUGUAAUUUUGCAGGUGUACGAUCACGUGUUGAUGUUGGUGUUAUCAACCAUGAAGAAAGUGAUUUGCAUUACUUCAUUAACGUUGCUGAUGUUCACUUGAGCGCAAAGGCAGGUUUUUACGCGUCAAAGUACAAAAAAUUCGGAAGCUUGUGCUACGUUAUCGGUGCCCUCCAAGCUUUUAUGGGACAUCACAACCGAGACAUGAGAAUCAAGGUUAAUGGAGGGGAAUGGGAGAUAUAUCCUCAAGUCACCGCUCUCUGCGUUGGAAACGCUAAGUACUUUGGUGGUGGAAUGAAGAUCACUCCCAACGCUGUCCCCGGAAAUGGAAAUCUUGAGGUUGUGGUUCUUCAAGACUUCAAGUGGUAUGAUUUCAUACUGAAACUUCACAAGCUAUACAACGGGACGCAUCUCUCUGUUAACAAUGUGAGCUCAAGAAGUGUACAAAGCAUCGAAAUUGAGGAGAUUUCAGAGAGUGGAAGUGUCUAUGUUCAGUCAGAUGGAGAACACCUUGGAUUCCUACCUAGAAAGUUUCAGGUUUUACCCGGUGCCAUCGACAUGAUCAGCUGAUGAUCACAACCACACCUGCCAAGAAAAGAAAGGUGUAGAAAAGAAGACACAUCACAUUCAACUUUUGUUUGGUCUGUACUCCGUACUAUGUAGAGAUUCUUCUUUUUUAUCUUAGAUUUGAUUCAUUGUUUCAAGACGAAUCAGAUAUGUGAUCGUGUUGUGUUGUGUUGUGUUCUGUUGUUACUUUGUGUGGUCACCAUUAGCCAACACACACAAAGAUACUUUUUAAAGUAAACUCGUCGUGUCUCAUAAUCAA